AUGCUGUUGGCCUUCUGUGCUUGGAUCUCGACCGGGCGGCACCAGCUCGUAGCGUUUGCGCUGGUGCUCGUCAUCUGGUGUGUGAAAACAGUACUCUACCGGCUCUACUUCCACCCUCUAGCCGGGUUCCCGGGACCGAAGCACGUGGCGGCCUCGAGGCUCUUCGAGAUCCUCUAUGAUCUCAUGACUCGGCAGUACUACAGGAGACUCCCACGAUUGCACGAAAAAUAUGGACGGAUCAUUCGCAUCGCUCCAAACGAGGUCCACAUCGCCGACGCCAAUUUUUAUGACAACAUCUAUGCAGCAAGUGCUAAGCGGCGAACCACCAUACCCGAGGGCUCUCGGACUGGGAUCGGACUAGAUGGUGCGCACUCCCUGACGCUUGACCACGAGAUGCACCGCGAACGAAGACGCCCCGUGGAUCGGUUCUACAAUGCUCGUCGUGUAGAGCAGUACGAGACGCGAGUGCUGGAUCCGCAGAUCGAGGUCUUCAUUGAAUGCUUCCGAGACAUGCUGGAAUCGAUGGAGCCGGUGGGGAUGGAAAACAUGUACACGACGUUAUCAGCAAACAUCCUGUCGGCACUUUCGUUCCCCAAGGAUAUUGCCGGGGCCGACGCGCAAUAUGGAACGAGCUAUUGGUUCGUCAGCAGAGGCUGCGGUCAGCCCUCAGAUGCUGACACAGUUGUCCCAGGUUCGAGGCCGUCAGGGCAUACUUCCGGGCAUCAGUCCUCUACGCAGAAUUUCCGGGACUUCGCAAGUGUGUUGCUGAACGAUCUUGCUGUGACUGGCGGCGUAAAGCUAACACCAGACCCCACCGUAGGCUCCUGCUCUCCCUUCCCCGGCCGUUCUUUGUGGCUCGGCACGAAGAAAUCCUCGUGGUAG